GCCAUUCAUCUGGAAGGGAACUAGCUGUCACGUUUAUCAGUAAUCAACAUGGCAGUUUCACAAAGGCUCCUGUUAAUGUGAAGAAUACGUACAAUACACAUCACUGCAUUUGCCAGUAAAUGAGAUACAUUAUAAGAAUAUCUGACAAAUUCAGUUUCUGAACAAGACAAUGCCUGACAAGACCGAGAACCAAACCUCAGACCUUCCUGAUGCACAUGGAGGGCGUCUAGAGGAAAACUCAGGCACAGGGCUAUUAAAUGUGAAGGAAGAGGAUGAGACAGAUGACAUGAAUAGUCAUCAGACUGAAAUGCAGUGGUCCCUCCCUGCCGGUGAUGUUAAGACUGAAGUUGAACUUAAUGCUGAACAAGCAAACAAUCUUUAUGUAAAUAGUCAACUGGAAGUUGUGAAGCAGGAAAUCAGUGACAAUAUCAGUACAGGUGGAUUCACAAACUGCACUUAUCCUUGUCGCAGUGAUAGUGCUGUAUCUUCUCUCAGUCUUUUUCAAAAUCAAGGAAGCAACACAGGAAAUAUAUGUUCUGUAUGUGGGAAAUGUUUUAACAGGAAAUCAAAUCUUAUUAUACAUCAGAAAAUUCAUACAAGAGAGAAAGGAUUUUCAUGUUCUGACUGUGGGAAAUGUUUUACUCAAAAAGCAUCUCUUAUUAAACAUCAGAAAAUUCAUACAGGAGAGAAAGAAUUUUCAUGUUUUGAAUGUGGGAAAUGUUUUACUCAGAAAACAAAUCUUGUUACUCAUCUGACAAGUCAUACAGGAGAGAAAGGAUUUUCAUGUUCUGAAUGUGGGAAAUGUUUUACUCGGAAAACAAAUCUUAUUAAACAUCAGAAAACUCAUACAAAAGAAAAGGAAACAUUUUCAUGUGCUGAAUGUGGGAAAUGUUUUACCCAGGAAUCUCAUCUUGUUACUCAUCAGAAGGUUCAUACAGAUGAAGAUAACACUGAUAUAGUGAAAGUUGAGAUAACAGAAGAUCUGUGUGUGAGGCCUCAGCUGGGAGCCCCAGAUGACCAAACUAGUAAUAGUAGCCCGGGCACAGAUAACACUGAUAUAGUGAAAGUUGAGAUAACAGAAGAAGAUCUGUAUACGUGUGAUCAGGUGAAGACUGAGGAGGAUGAAGUUCCUAUAAAUACGACUACAGAUCAACCCAUAAGCUCAUAUAUUCCAAGUCAAAACUGUAGCGCAGAUGCAUCUUUCAGUCUCGUUAAAGAUCAAAGAAACAACUUGGAAAAUAAAUCAUUUUCAUGUUCUCUAUGUGGGAAAUGUUUUACCCAGAAAUCAUAUCUUGUUACUCAUCAUAAACUUCAUACAGGAGAGAAACUAUUUUCCUGUUCUAAAUGUGGAAAAUGUUUUACCAGGAACUCACAUCUUACUAGACAUCAAAAUGUUCACAAACAAGAGAAACCAUAUUCAUGUUCUGAAUGUGGGAAAUGUUUUACUCAGAAAUCAAGUCUUUUUAAUCAUCAGAAAAUACAUAUAGCUGGCAUGGUUGAGGAACUAUUUUCUUGUUCUGAAUGUGGAAAAUGUUUUGCUUCAAAACCAAGUCUUGCGUAUCAUAAAAAAACUCAUACAGGAGAGAAACCAUUUACCUGCUCUGUAUGUGGGAAAUGUUUUUACUGGAAAUCAAAUCUUAUUACUCAUCAGCAAAUACAUGUAAAUGGAAAGGCUUUUCCAUGUUUGGAAUGUGGAAAAUGUUUUAAUGGGAUUUCCUAUCUUAAAGCACAUCAGAAAAUUCAUAUAGGAGAAAAGGCAUUUUCAUGUUCUGAGUGUGGAAAACGUUUUAACCGGAAAAGGAACCUUAAAGAACAUCAGAGAGUUCAUACAGGAGGGGAAAUGUUUCCAUGUUCUAAAUGUGAGAAAUGUUUUAAACAUAAGUCGAGUCUUAUUUCUCAUUACAAAGUUCAUACAGUAGAGAGAGCAUUUUCCCCUGGCAUUUAGAGCUAUGUACACAUUUGAAGACACACAGGAAAAGAACUCUAAUAAUUGUUUAGAUCAGGGAUCUGCUUUCCUUCCUCUUUGUAGUAAAUUUACAAACCCUGCUUGUACUCAUUGCUCAUAGUGGAUACAUAAUACUACAUAUACAAAACUAUAAAAAAAAAAUCCAAAAACAAUAUUUACACAAGGGGUGCUAUAUACAUAGACAAAAUGGCAGAAAUAAUAAGUAUAGAGCCCUUAAAGGGACAGUGUAAUGUAAAAUUGCUUUUCCCUUAAUGUGUUUCUAUUGACUUGUUAUAUCAGCUGCAGAGUAUAAAAUGUAUGAGAAAUUGCAUUUUCAGAUUUAUCUGUGUAAAUGCAAUAGCUGUUGUGUUUUGAAACCACAACCCAUUAAAACUGGAAAAAGCAGA